AUGAUGUUUACUCCCCAGAAGCAUCAGUGGCCGGGAUUAUCAAUCACUCCGAGGAGUGAAGCCGCGCCAGCGCAGGAGAGGAGCAACCCGAACCCUACUGGGAAGGGGAAGGCCGUGGCGUAUAUUGAUGGCCCUGCAGCGCCACCCCGGCCCUUGGGGCUCUUGAGUGAGAGUGGAGAUAUAACCAGGGUGAAUGAUUUGGAAAAUAUGGAGGAUUGGAGGAGAUUUCGUGAGGCGGGGUUCUUGGAUGAGAUGGCUUUGGAGAGGCGCGACCGCGAGGCAUUGCUAGAGAGGAUUGCACGGGUAGAAAAAGAGCUGUUCGACUAUCAAUAUAAUAUGGGGCUGCUAUUGAUUGAGAAAAAGGAGUGGGCUUCAAAGCAAGAAGAACUUAGAGAAGCACUUGUAGAAACCCAGGAAGUUCUAAAGCGUGAGAAAACAUCUCAUUUAAUUGCAAUUGCAGAAGUGGAGACGCGAGAGGAGAACCUUAGAAAAGCUUUGGAUGUUGAGAGGCAAUAUGUGGCUGAUCUUGAGAAGGGCUUACGUGAAGCACGCGUGAAGUACGAAGAGAUCAAGCUUGCAGCUGAAACUAAGCUUGCCGAUGCCCAUGCUUCGAUAGCUAGUGUUCAUGAUAAGUCUCUGGAAGUGCAAGGAAUGUUGCUGGCUGCUGAUGCAAAGCUUGCUGAGUCAAGUCGAAAGAGUUUGGAAAUGGAGAGGAAAUUGCAGGAGGUUGAGUCUCGUGAAAGUGCAGUUAGAAGGGAGCGAAAAUCAUUUAAUGCUGAGAGGGAAGCACACGAGGCAACUCUUUUGAAGCAUAAAGAAGAUUUAAGAGAGUGGGAAAGGAAGCUGCAAGAAGGAGAAGAGAGACUUUGUCAUGGUCGUAGGAUGAUUAAUGAGAGAGAGGAAAAAGCAAAUGAAGUCGAUCGGAUGCUUAAGAAAAAAGAAAGGGAACUUGAAGAAGAACAGGAAAAGGUCGACUUGAUUAAUUCAACUUUGAAGCAGAAAGAGGAUGAUAUUAACGAAAGGCUUGCAAACCUAAAUGUGAAAGAGGCAAAAGCUGAGUGUCUGAGAACUGAUCUACAGAUGAAGGAGAAAGAAUUGAUUAGUCUGACUGAGAAGCUGAGCGCCAGAGAGAGAGUGGAAAUCCAAAAGAUUCUCGAUGAACAUCGGCAUGCUUUGGAUUCAAAAAAGCAGGAGUUUGAGUGGGAAAUGGAAGAGAAAAGGAAGUUGUUUGAGGAAGAGAAGAAAAUUAAAUUCAAUAACUUAGUGUUGAAGGAAAACGAUAUCAACUAUAUCGAGGAAAAACUGAGAAAACAGGAGCAGAUGUUAGAAAAGAAGUCAGACAGGUUGAAGGAAAAAGAAAAGGAGUUUGAAGGAAAGUCGAAAGGUGUGAAGGAAAAGGAGAGGUCUGUCAAAAAGGAGGAGAAUACUCUGGAAUUGCUAAAGGAAGAAGCUUUUUCUGAAAAGAAAAGUUUGCAGCUCCUCAAAGAUGAGCUUGAGAAGAUGAGGGCUGAAAUUAAUCUCAAGGAAUUGCAGAUUCGUGAAGAAACUGAAAAGCUUAAAAUCACUGAGACUGAGCGGAAGGAGUAUAGCCAUUUACAAAUGGAGUUGAAACUGGAGAUAGAGAGGUGCAGUCAUGAGAAGGAUUUGCUAUUUAAAGAAGCUGAGGAUUUGAAACAGGAUAAAAGCAAAUUUGAAGAGGAAUGGGAGGCUUUGGAUGAAAAGAGAGCUGAGGUUACUAGAGAAUUGCAACAAACCCAAGAACAGAAAGUGAUGCUUGAAAAAUUGAAACGUGCUGAAGAAAAGCAAUUAAAAGAAAAUAAACUUGCCACUGAAAGUUAUAUUAGGAGAGAGUUGGAGGCACUUAGGCUAGAGAAAGAAUCAUUUGCUGCCACAAUGAGGCAUGAGCAAUUAACAUUGUCUGAAAAAACUCAAAGUGAACACGAUCAAUUAAUUCAUGAUUUUGAAACUCGAAGAGCGGAUCUAGAGGCUGAUAUGCUAAAUAAGAAAGUGGAAAUAGAGAAAAAUCUAGAGGGAAGAGAGAGAGCAUUCAAGGAACAGAGAGAAAAAGAAUUUGGUAAUAUAAGUUACUUAAAAGACGUUACCCAGAAGGACAUGGAAGAAAUAAAGUCUGAGAGGCACAGAUUGGACAAGGACAAGCUGGACAUUGCCUUGAACAAGAAGCAGCUGGAAGAACAACAACUUGAAAUGCAAAAGGACAUUGAGGAACUUGGUGUUCUAAGCCAGAAGCUUAAGGUGCAGAGGCAAAAAUUUAUUAAGGAGAGAAGCCAGUUUCUUGCAUUGGCUGAGACACUUGAGAGUUGCCAAAACUGUGGGGAGAUUGCAAGGGCAUAUAUGUUAUCUCAUCUUCAUUUGACUGAACUUGAUGACAAGGAGGCCCCACUUCAGGCACUGGGAGAGGAGCUUUUGGAGAAGGUCGCUUCGUAUGGAGCCAACUUUAAGAAAUCACCUGGUGAGAAUGAUCAACGAUCUUCAGGAUCUGGAGGUCGUAUCUCUUGGCUGCUCCGAAAGUGCACGCCUAGGAUCUUUAACUCAUCUCCGGACAAGAAACUCCAGCACAUGGCUCCUCAAAACUUCGAACGAGCCUUGGAUGAUACACUGAUAAGUGCAGCAGAAGAGGCCGAAGGUCCCAGCAUGCAGAUUGACACUGAAGCACGAGGAUAUAGUAUCCCUGAAGAAGAUAAAAGAGAACAAGAACUGCCAGAAGAUUCCCAACAAUCACAGCCGAGAAGUCACCGUCACAAACCUGCUGAACAAUCAAGAGAAGGAAUCUGUAGAACACGUUCUGUGAAGGCAGUGGUUGAAGAUACUGCAGUUAUCUUAGGAAAGAAAUCAGAAGUAGAGGUGAAUGAGGAGGAAACUAAUGAUUCUUCUUCUUAUAUUAAUGAGGAAAUCCGUGCUGAGAAAGCAACUGGUACAAGAAAGCGAACUCGUGCACAAAGUUCUAAAAUGACAGAGACUGACCUGGAGGCUGAUUAUAGUGAAGUACAAUCUGAAAGUGUCAUGGCAGAUGGCAUCAAGAAGAGGCGUCAAACAGGUGCUCCAGCUGUGCAAAAUCCUGGCAAGAAGCGUUACAAUCUACGGCAACGGCAACGCAAGACUGUGGGCACAGGCAUAUCAGCUUCCAUGGACAGCGAAAGGAAAACUGAAAAAGAAAUUGGUGGUGGUGAUGGUGGUCCUGCUUUGUUACGAGAUAAUGAAAUUAGUUCUAUGCCGACCAUGGAAAUUGCAAGACAGAAUAAAAAUCCUACACCAUUGAUCGAUAUUACAUUGUUUAGAAAUGUUGAAACUCAAAUGACAAUGGUAGAUUGUAUUGAUGACAAUGCCAAUGCUGAGAAUGAUGGUACCCCAGAGUACAAUAGUGAGGAGGAACAAGAUAGCAGGUUACACGGGGAUGAUGAAGACGACGACAUAGAUGACAAUUCUGAGCAUCCUGGUGAAGUGUCGAUUGGUAGAAAGUUGUGGACAUUCUUCACGUCAUGA